GCCGCCAUCUUGUGCCCCUGAAGGAGGAUGCGGCCCUGGCUGCCCACCGCCUCCAUGCUGCUGCUGUGGGUCCUGGCCAGCACCGUGCCUGCUGUGGUGGCCCCGUGGAUGUCCUUGGAGGUCCUUGUUGAGUGCGGACGGCGGCCGCUCAUGGACAGCGCUGCGGGGUCCAGGAUUGUGGGCGGCCACGAAGCCCCAUUGGGAGCGUGGCCGUGGGCCGUCAGCCUCCAGGUGCACCUCGUGGGGGUGGAAUUCGCCCACGUGUGCGGAGGAGCUUUGGUCAGUGAGAACUCCGUGCUCACCGCCGGUCACUGCACGACGGGACGGAUGGACCCAUAUUAUUGGAGAGCUGUGCUGGGCACGGAUAACCUUUGGAAACACGGCAAACACGCAGCGAAAAGAAGCAUCACCCACAUCUUUGUGCACCCCGAAUUCAACAGGGAGACGUUUGAAAACGACAUCGCAUUAUUUAAGCUCCAUUCUGCUGUGCACUACAGCAAUUACAUCCAGCCCAUCUGCUUACCUCCUGCACACCCUCAGCUGUACACCCACAACAAAACAAAGUGCUUCAUCAGCGGCUGGGGACGCAUAGCAGAAAAAGGCAGAACUUCAUCUGUGCUGCAAGAGGCAGAAGUGGAAAUCAUUCCUUCCGAUGUCUGUAACGGCUCUGAUGCAUAUGGAGGUCUGAUCAAUGCCAACAUGAUCUGUGCUGGCUCUCCAUUGGGAGGCGUUGAUUCCUGCCAGGGAGACAGUGGGGGGCCUUUGGCGUGCCACCACCCCACGGCCAACAAAUACUACAUGAUGGGGGUCACCAGCUUUGGGCUCGGCUGCGGCCAUCCCAAUUUCCCUGGGAUCUACGUCCGAUUGGCUCCAUACAGAAGGUGGAUCAAAUCCCAACUUCUGCUGAGCAGCACAGCCACGGCUCCUGCCAGCACUGCCCUUACCCUGACCGCUGUAGGGAUGGUGCUCCUGUACGCUUCCUAAGACAGCAUCAGCAUAGCACAGCUCAGCUGGUCCGUUCAGCUCAUGUUCCAGACCAGAUCUCGGAGCAAUAAGAUGUAUGUCCCGUUGUGUCCAUCCAACCUGCAUCUGUAAACAACACUCAGCAAAA